AUGCCCAUUCAAUCACCCGAGUCGAAUCUCCCGAAAGGACAACCGAGGCCCGUCGACCGCCCUGUGUCUACGAUACCCGUCGUCUCGUCGGGACUAGAAUGUGUCGAUAACGUUUCGACGAGCCUGCAGGCUCUCCCCCCCUCCCCCACUUAUCGGAGUCCGCCAACUCGCCAUGACAGUCUGUCCUUACGUCUGAGGAGCAACUCUGGGCUUGCGCUGCACACUAACGACGCGGCUCUGAGCAAAUAUAUUAAAUAUAAAAAGAGUUGGCUGCGACAUCCAUCUUCCUGCGAUCACCAGGACCACCCUCUACCCCUGGACGAAGAUGUGGCAAACUCUUCGUUCUACGCGAAAAUGCCGUGGGCGACGGGGAACGUAGACUGUGCCAUCUACUGGCCGGAGUUCUUGGGGGAAGAUGUUCACAAUAUAGCCCUGGAUAAUCCGGCCGUGUGUAGGAAAUUCAUGGGGUAUUGCAAAGAGGAGGGGUAUGAGGGCUACUUCGAAUUCUUAGUCAAGGUUCGGGAAUACACCAAGUCCAUUAAUGAGAUGACCUCGGCCUUAACCGCAAUAUCAACUUCUUUCAUCGUCCCGGGUGCAACUCAUUCGUUAAACCUACCCACCACCCUAUCGAGAACGCUGAGCGCUGAUAUGAAACGUAUCGCGCAUACUACGCUACCCAAUUUGGAGGGCGUCUUUCAAGAGUCGAAAGCUCAUGUCGAGAGUCGCGUAGCUACGAGUAUAUUUCCUAAAUUCGUCAAAAGCCAACUACUGCACUAUAUGACCGCCGUCCUCAUGCGUGGUGCUCCGAAUAUUGCGCCGUCAAAGUCUGAGCUCCCCGGUCUCGGGGAGGGCUUUUGUAUUGUUGAUGCCUCGGGUUCGACUAUCAAUGCUGUCACAGGUGCUUUCCUCAGGAUUACUGGCUAUCACCUUCAAGAUGCUGUUCGUGAGAGUCGUGAUUUCGUUCACGACGCAAAGAACCAUACCGAAAGUGCUGGCCUUCUGGGACAAGGGCGAGAGGCGGUCGAGCUUCUGCUGAACCCGCGCAAAGAUGGCGAGCCCUUUUGGAGCAUGUGUUUCCUGUAUCCAUUGAGGGACAGAGACAAGCAACUCCGUUGCUGGCUCGGCGCUCAAGUUGAUGUUUCCGCUGUUUUGAGAACGCGGAAUUAUCUGCUACGGGUGUUAGCAAGUGGCGAUUAUCCCGAGUCAGCCUCCGAGGAUGUUCAAGAGACUGAAAGCGAGCAGUCAUUCAAGGCAGUUCUCGCGACGGAGCCGAAGUUCGAAAAAGACCGUAGUGUCCACAGUCGAGAGAGUUCUCGGAGCUCGACGUCUCGUAAUCGAUUCCUCCAUCAAUUCCGGAGGCCGUCACGCACCCCUUACUUCCCUCCUUUCCCUGAAUCUCCAGAUACUAAUACCUCGGACACUGCAGAGAAUCGGCCAACCCAGGGUGACCACUUUUCAACACAAAGGUCCAAACUUCCUGCACACAUCCGAAACUCGCCAACUGUUUAUUCUCGACACGUUCUCCUGCAAUGCCAUUCGCCGCGAUCCGCCCGUUCACCUUCUGUUACGAAGUCUUUCAGAUCAACUAUUAGGGACCGUAUCGAGCGUGGGAAGUCAACUAGUGCCGAAAUUCUAGUCCACACGAACCGAACUAUUGGCAAAAGACUCAGAACCACCAUCAGCGGUGGGAGACCAAAAACGGCGGAGGUGGAUAAUACGAAGGACGAGACUAACCCUAGGGCCGCGAGGGGGUCGGUCAAGAGCCCGAGACCAGAACCGCUUAUGAGCCACUGGACUCCGAUGAGGGAUGCCGAUGGCAGUAUCGGAUUGGUCGUGCUGAUAUUGGUGCCACAAUUGUGA